CUGGAGCCAACUAUACCUCUGCAGCUUCUAGCUCUUUUCCUCACUGCCCUAAAAGGCUGUGUCACCCUUUCUACUUGCUUUAGAGAGGAGGAAAGGGGAAAACCUUUCUUCCUAAAGGAAAAGGAUCAAGGGAGGAAGCAGAGUAGGUGAAGGGAGAAAAGGGGUGGAAACGAAAUAGUUUCUAAGAGUUCUUCAAGUCAUAGUUCUUUCCUGGCCAAAGCCAGAGCUCGCGUUCAGAACCAUGGACAGCGACAUCGGCGACAUUCUGGGGAAGAUUGAUGCUGCUGCUUUUCUGCACAUCUGGCAGCGCUUUGAUGUUGAUGAUAAUGGGUACAUAGAAGGGAAGGAACUUGAUGAUUUCUUUCGUCACUUGCUGGAGAAGAUGGGCACUGAGGAAGCUGUGGCAGAAGAGAAACUUCAAGAGGUGAAAAAACGUUUCCUGGCUGCCAGUGGCAUCUCUGAAGAUGGCCGCCUGCAGAUACAAGAGCUUGCCAACAUAAUCUUGCCAGAAGAUGAAAACUUUCUCCUGCUCUUUCGCCGAGAAACCCCCUUGGAUAACAGUGUGGAAUUUAUGCAAAUUUGGCGUAAAUAUGAUGCCGAUAGCAGUGGGUUUAUCUCGGCAGGGGAGCUGCAGAAUUUUCUUCGAGAUCUCUUUAUACUUCACAAAAAACCCAUUCCUGAGGCCAAACUGGGAGAAUAUACCGAUACCAUGAUGAAGAUCUUUGACAAAAACAAAGAUGGCCGGUUGGAUCUGAAUGAUUUAGCAAGGAUUCUAGCUCUUCAAGAAAACUUCCUACUUCAAUUUAAAAUGGAUGCCUGUAGUACUGAAGAAAGAAAGAGGGAUUUUGAGAAGAUCUUUGCCCAUUAUGAUGUUAGUAAAACCGGAGCCUUGGAAGGCCCAGAAGUGGAUGGAUUUGUCAAAGAUAUGAUGGAACUUGUCAAGCCCAGCAUCAGUGGGUUGGACCUGGAUAAGUUUCGAGAGAUCCUGCUCCGUCACUGUGAUGUGAACAAGGAUGGGAAAAUUCAGAAGUCUGAGCUGGCCUUGUGUCUCGGUUUAAAAGUCAGCCCCUAAUUGUCAAUGAUUUUCAUCCUGUGCUCUGAGUGUAUUUGUGUGUCAGACCCUGCUGGUAGAAUUGUAUCUAAUCUCUGAUAACAGUAUUUGAGUGGAUCUCAUGUAACUCUUCCCAUAAAAGUUCAAGGGUAGUGAUGGAGUAGGGGGAGGUGGCUGAAGGGCUAUCUUGGCAAGGAUGAAACCAUUGUCUGAGUCCUGGAGGGAAGUCAUCCAAAGAAUUGUUAUCCCUUUUAGAAAUCAGUUUCAGAGAGACAAAACUUUCCUGCCUGUCAUGAGAUCCAUCUAGCCCACAAUGAUAGCCUUCUUGGUCAUCUUACUUUCACUCACUCAGUACUGGGGAAGGUUAUUUCCUGAUGUCUGUUUAUGCUAAAGCCUGUUAGGCAUC